AUCUACCCUUUGUCUUUCCUAUUUCUCUUGCCAGAUAAUCUUUGUCCCAUGUGUUGUUAUCUGGUGUUUUCUUGUGACUCCAUGUUCUUUGUGUAUGACCCUUUUUGGAUUUUGACUAUUUCCUCUGCCUUUGCCUUUGGAUACCUUGCUUUGUCGGAUUUGUCAUACUGUUUGUCGUACUGUUUUGUCUGAAGAGACAUUAAAUCCUCGGAACUUCUCAUUUGUUUCGAGACUGCUUGACAAUUCAAGAGUUCACCAGGCUUCUCCACGACACAGCGGUGUCUCUGACAAACACCGACAUGGCUGCAGCGAUUGGUCUGCUGUCUGAAGAUAAGUUUCUGUGCUCCAUCUGUCUGGAUGUGUUCACUGAUCCAGUCUCCACACCAUGUGGACAUAACUUCUGCAAAAACUGCAUCACUGAACACUGGAAUAUUAAUGACAGCUGCCAGUGUCCCAUGUGUAAAGAGGUUUUCACCAGCAAACCUGAGCUGAGGGUCAACGCUUUCAUCUCAGAGAUGGUUGCUCAGUUCAGACAGACGGCUCAACAGGAAGCCAACAGCAGCAGCUCAGAGCAACAAGAGUCCAAACCAGGAGAGGUUCCCUGUGACGUCUGCACUGGGACCAAACUGAAGGCCCUGAAGUCCUGCCUGGUCUGUCUGGUCUCCUACUGUGAGACUCACCUGGAGCCUCAUCUGACAGCUUCACGUCUGAAGAGACAUCAGCUGAUCGACCCUGUGGAGAAUCUGGAGGGCAGGAUGUGUAUGACACACGAUAAACCUCUGGAGCUGUUCUGUAAGACUGACCAGGAACGUGUCUGCAUGCUGUGCACUGUUUUAAACCACAAGACACAUGAUGUUGUUCCUCUGAAAGAAGAAUAUGAAAGAAAGAAGAACGAGCUGGAGGAUGAAAUUUGGCCAAUGAUCUGGGAGCGACAACACAGGAUUCAGGAGAUCAAACAGUCACUCAGCUUUAGCAAGGAAAGAGCAGGCAGAGAGAUUGCAGAAGGUUUUCGGGUCUUCACUUCUCUGAAGGAGUCUGCUGAGAGAGGCCUGAAUGAGCUCAUCAAAACGAUAGAAGAGAAGCAGAAAACAACUCAGAAACGAGCUGAAGAUUCCAUCAAAGAGCUGGAACAGGAAAUAUCUGAGCUGAUGAAGAGAAGAACUGAGGUGGAGCAGCUCUCACUCUAUGAAAACCACCUCUCUCUCCUACAGUGUUUCCCUGCCCUGGAAACUGCUCUACCCACCAAAGACUGGACAGAGGUCAGCGUCCAUCCAGCAUCAUAUGAGGGGACUGUGGUGAGAGCUGUGACUCAGCUGGAGGAGACGCUCAGCAAAGAGAUGAAGAAGCUGAUUGAAGCAGAGCUGAAGAGGGUCCAGCAGUAUGAAGUGGAUGUGACUCUUGAUCCCGAUACAGCAAAUCCCUAUCUCAUCCUGUCUGAUGAUGGGAAACAAGUGAAUCUUGGUAAUGUGAAGAAAAGUCUUCCAGACCAUCCAAAGAGAUUUUCCCUCAAUCCUUGUGUUUUAGGAAAGCAGAGUUUCUCUUCAGGCAGAUUUUACUUUGAGGUUCAGGUUAAAGGAAAGACUGAAUGGGACUUUGGAGUCGCCAGAGAGUCGAUCAACAGGAAGGAGGACAUCCCACUGAGUCCUGAGGAUGGUUACUGGACUAUAUGGUUGAGGAAAAGAAUAAAGUACAAAGCUCUGAAUGACCCUCCAGUUCGUCUCUUUUUGAGGUCAAAACCCAAGAAAGUGGGCGUGUUUGUGGAUUAUGAGGAGGGUCUGGUCUGCUUUUAUGAUGUAGAUGCUGUAGCUCUUAUCUACUCCUUUACUGGCUGCUCCUUCACUGAGAAACUCUAUCCAUACUUCAACCCUGGUCUCAAUGAUGAUGGUAAAAACUUUGCUCCUCUGAUCAUCUCUCCUGUCAAUCACACUGAGUGGCUGAUUUUUAGACUCUAACAAUAGGAGCAAAAGUCUUCGCAUAGAUUUGAGUCUGUCUCACCAGAGAGGGAAUUCUUACUAUGAGUUUUAAUCUAGUGUCACUGUCUGAUAGGAACUGCUUUUCCAACACUUUGGUUCAUGACAGGCUAACACAAAAGGCCACAGAAUGCUUCAAACAAUCAUACCGGAUCAUCAAACAACGUGUAAAACCACCGUAGGACAAGCUCUGUAAGGAAAGGCAGAAUGCUGAUGUCUUCUUCCUCCAAGGUGUCCCUGACCAUUGAUUAUAUUUUAUAACUCCAGCACAGUUUGGCAUUGUAGAAAGGAUUGUCUCAAAUUUCAUGUAUCUCAUUACGUGCCUGCCAACUGGUGCAGCACACCAGCUUCCAAUAUGAUUUAUCAGCUUGCCUGGCCCUGACUGACCUAUCAAUGGAACCAUCAUGUUGUGGUGACAACCAAAAAAAAAAACAAUGUGUAUUUGUUAUACAGGAUAGAAAUGCUUUUUUCUGUGAUUGAGGCUCUUUAGGGGAGAAAUGAAGUGAAAAUAAUGCUAUGUAAUGUAAUCUAACAGUAAUAGAAACAAAAGCAAUUCAUUGACAUCUUUUAUGAUAUAUAUAUAUACCUUGUCAUUAGGUUUUCAUGACUGCAUUUGAAAUCUACAGUCACACGAAGUGUCAACAUGUACUGCAAUACAAAUUAUCCAAUUAAACAUGAGCUACAUACUGCAUGUGUGAGUCUCUCCAACAAAAUGUACUCUGAUGCAAAGCCAAACAUCACUCUCCGAAAGCCAAGACAGAUUAUUUAUUCGAUCUAAAUACCAACUGACUUUAAAAAUUCAUAAUGCCUGAUUUAAAGACUUUUCUGCUGAAUUCACAGUUUUAGUGAACAUCCUCUUUUAUCUGUGUUUACUAGCCUGAUGUAACCCAAAUACUGUUCAUUGUACAAAGCAAUACAAAUGGUUACUGUGGAUAC